GCUAACGAGCUAACCUGGCGAGUGCCCAGCCCUCAUAAUGGAGCCACACGGCAGGGAAUAGGUGGCCGGGGGUCGGUGCUGAUACUCGGCGGUGGCGGAGCUGGUGGUGGAUAACUGUCGCUCCAGUGAUGGGGAGGUUGAAGGUCUGACGGACGAGUACUCAGGGCUGGAGAUGCUCAGCAUGGUGAACGUCGGCCUCACCUCGCUCUCCAAACUGCCCUCACUGCCCAAACUACGUAAGCUGGAGGUGAGUGAUAACACCAUCUCAGGAGGUCUGGACACGUUGGCAGAGAAGUGUCCCAACCUGACCUACCUGAACCUGAGCGGGAACAAGAUCAAAGAGCUGAGCAGCAUCGAGGUUCUGCAGAACCUGAAGAACCUGAAGAGUCUGGACCUGUACAGCUGUGAGGUGACCACGCUGGACGACUACAGAGAGAGCAUCUUCGAGCUGCUGCCUCAGCUCACGUACCUGGACGGAUACGACCAGGAGGACAACGAGGUCCCCGACUCCGAGGACGACAACGAUGAGGAUGAUGAGGCCGGGCCACCUGGAGACGACGAUGAUGACGACGACGACGAUGAUGAUGACGAGGAGGAGGACGAGGACGGCUCUGAAGGGGACGAGGUCGGCCUGUCGUACCUGAUGAAGGAGGGGAUCCAGGAUGAAGAAGAUGAUGGAGACUAUGUUGAAGAGGAGGAGGAGGAUGAGGAGGAAGAGGAAGAUGGAGAUGAGGAUGGAGCUGGCGUUCGGGGGGAGAAGAGGAAGAGGGAUGCAGAGGAUGAAGGUGACAAUGACGACGACGAAUAGAUAAACCACCUUCACACACUGUAACACCUGACCCCCCCCUCCCCCUUCCUCCUCUGGUGACCUCCGACCUCUGACCCCGCCGGGCGUCGCCCCUGGGCCGCAGACAGACAGAGACACAGCAGUGAGACCAGGUCCAGGAUCAGUCCUCCACAACACCACUGAUGAUGUCAUCACCAACCUGGUAACAUGUGAUCAAUACUCAGCCGAUAUAAGCCGAUGCUGAGAGCUGAUUGGUCCAGGUGUAGCGGUGAUGAGGCUGCAGGUGUGAGCUCCAUGAUGUCACCACAUGAUGAGAAACGAGUUUGAGACGUGUGUUUGAUCUGUUCAUUGAUCCUCGAUUGGAUCUCAUCAUGUUUCUGAUCUCGUAUGUAUUGAUGUCUGGGAUGAGGUCAGAUACAAACCUGUGGAUUUAACAUCACUGAAGCUUCACCUGCAGCAGAUCAGUGACAGGUAGUAACAGAUGUUUCCUCUCCUGGGUUUGAUGUUUCCAGAUGUUUGUUUUCUGAACCUGAACUUCAGGUAGAAAAAUUUCUACUUUUUUCCAUUAAGUUUGUUCUGUGACUCUAAAUACUACAAUUCCCAUGAGCCUCAGCAGCUGUUGCUAGGGGAGAGUCUGCAGCUCUCUGAUUGGAUCACUUUUACAGCUGUUCAUAUUUUUUUUGUUGGUUGUUUUUUUUUUACAAAAAUGACUGUUACAGCAUGAGCUCUUAGUUUUUGCCUUGCCCCCCUCACCUGUCACCUGUCGGUCUGCGGCCCUUUGCUCGGGGCGGGCCCGGCUCCUCCCGGUCUCUCCGGUCCUGUGGAUCCUGGUCUGUGUGGGUCCUGACUGUGGUCUGUGUAAAUAGAAGUGAACUGGUCUGUGUAGGUCUUCGUGGUGUCGUGUUGAGUUGAGACGUGAAGCUGACGGACGCUCGUCCUCAGUGGAUUUUAUUUUUUUAUUCCUGUCUCUGAUCGUGUUGCUGUGUCGUGUUUUUGAAUAAAAACAACUGAAUUCUG